AUGGACUUAUAAUAUGAGGAGGGAGAGAUCUUGACCUAAAAAGGCGACAAAGUAGAAGGUGUAGAUAGCGAAUCCUCAUUGCGUUCACUUAGCGAUACAAAUAGAGAGGAAAGAGUGCGCAAGACUUUAAAGGAUGAAUUAAACACUUGUUCUUAUGCUUGUCCCCUCUUUAACUUCUUAGGCCAUUGUACUUAAGUGGAAUGCAAAAAGAGACAUAUCUUUAUAUAAGACGGAUUCGAUUAAUUAAUAAAUGAGAAUCAACCAUUACUGGAUGUGCUGGUGAGAAAUGGAGAAAAACUUAGAGUUCCUUAUUAGAAAGUUCUCUCUAAAGAAAGUCACACAGAAAGGCAUUCAAUUAUCAAACCUUGGGUGAUAACUAAUUAUACUCUUGGAUUUUGUGAAAAAAACAAAAGAGCAUUAAUUCAUAAAUUGAAAAAGGACAUUGAUAGAAUGCAAAACAAACUUAAGAUUAUAAACUAUUUGAAGAAAUGGGCUAUGCUUAAAGUAGUAGAUGAGAGUGAUUUUGCAGAAUUGUACUGCUCGCUCAACCCUACAUAGCAAAUACAUUUUAUGAAUAUUUUUAGAGUUCUUGAGUUAUAACCACCCUCAUUUCAAUGA